GCCUGUCCGUUCCAUCGUACGUCUGUCCGUUUCUCCGUAAGUUUGUUCGUCCGACCGUCCGUCCAUCCUUUACUCUCUCCUUCCGUCCGUCCGUCCGUACAACCGUUCCUCCGUCCGCUCGUUUGUCCGUUUCACCGUACAUCCGUUACUCCGUACUUCCGUCCGUUCCUACGUAAAUUUGUCCGUUCCUCCGUAAGUCCGUCCAUCCGUCCGUUACUCCGUCUGUCGUUCGUCGUUAUUUCGUUAGUACGUUCGUUUUUUCCAUACUAUUCCACAAUUCCAAUUAAAUCUACAAAACAUCUGCUCAAUAACUUGUCAGGCUUUUCCUUUUGUUGUUCUGAAUCCUGCAUAUUAUUGUUAGUGUAAAAAUUUAAUAUUAAGAAAAAAAAAUGGAAGGAUUUACGGAUACGUAUAUAAAUAUGACAAAUUGUCCAAUUAGUUUAAACAUUUCAUAUACGRCAAGUGUGACAGACAGUCACAGGCAAAAUAUUAUUUAUUAUUUAGGGGGAUCUACAUGUAACAUCUUUUUUUCAACUAAUUAACUUCAGUAAUAACAACUUUCAUAURCUUUAUAUAAACUAUUUGUACGACAAAAUCAAAUAGCAGAAAAUUACUUCGUCACUCGAUUUGUUUUUGUGUUACCUUGGUUCUGGUGAAUUCAUGGAAUGAAUUGCAUACGUACAAAGAAGAAAAAUAAGAACAACGAUGGAAAGAAAACUUCAAAUUAUUCGCUCAUGAUUCAUUAACACCUGAACUCCAAGGAUUAGCCACUUCUUGAAACUUUAAUGACCUACACACCAUAAAAAAUUACAGUUUCUGUAUUUCUAACAUUUAAGUGAAGACACUCAGUGAACUACACACAAGAUUCCAGUGGGAAAAUCGGUAUCUAUUUUUAAUUUAGUAUAGGAAACUAUGAAAAUCGUUCGAUCAAAAGUAAAGAAGAAUGCUUUACUCGUAGCUUUGGUGUUUGCCAGCCUGAGGAACAAUUUGACAGAAGGUAAAAUGUGUACAGCAAAGAAUUCUGAGAGCAAUUCCUUUUUGAAUGGAUUUGUUUUCGACUCAAGCAAAGUGGAUGAUAUUUUAUCGUGUGUCUUAAAGUGUUCGCAGAAUGAACUUUGCGCAAGCAUCAACAUGAACAUCUUGAGCAUGAAAUGUGAAUUGAGCAAGUCUACGAAAAGAAAACACCCACAGAAUAGUGUUUACCAGCCACAAAUGAUCUACAUGGAGAUAAGGGAUCCGCCUGGAUUUACGGCAGAUAAUCCAAUACCAUCCUGCAAGUGGAUCAAGAACCUCGACAAUCAGGCAAAGUCAGGUGUUUACUGGAUGAAGUUCAAUGAGCCAUCCUCUGCUUCAUUCCAAGUGUUCUGUGACAUGACCACCGAUGGCGGAGGCUGGACCCUUGUCUACAGCUAUACAUUCACUCAGUACAGUAAGUUUACAUCAGCGUCAAACGCAGUUACACCAGCACCAUACUGGCCUGUCAAUUGGCUAAGUUCUAGUUACUGGGUGCCCCGGUCAAUGACAACCCCGCUCAGUGAGUCUUCUCGCUCGGCCAUGGGUUUUGCUCUGUGGAAGAAGAUUGGUAACGAGUUCCUACUCAAGCCCAAUAUCACUAACUGGGUAUCCUGUGUAGAGGGAACCGGAAGUCUUGUGAACUGGGUGUCAGGAAGUCUGACCUGUAGAGUCGUCAAGGCCAUUACCUCUACUUGCACCAAUGUGGCAGCAGAAUAUAUAAGGGUUUCUAAUUCCGGGCUGUGUUUGCAAUUGAAUGGCAAAUUCUACGUUUGUUUGGAAGGGUCAAUCAGGUCCGUCUGGCCUGUCCAUGAUCCUUGCGGUACUAGUAACGCAGGCAACCAUCUGCAAAACAUCCCAAACCCUGGUGGUGCUUUGUACAUUCGCUAACGCAGACUCUCAAGACAACAGAGUCACAAUUAUACGGCAACCUGACUUUGAGAUAUUGAAACAAAAUAAGGGAACUUAUCUUGACUGAUUUAUGUUAACUAAAUACAAAAUGUUCUCAUAAGGAAACUGAUCGAACUGUUCGGUAUAUCUUGGUGUCUUUAGAUGUAAUUGCAUCGUUAACAAACUUCAUCGUCAAUUUCAGUAUAUCCCUCCAGGGUUUUGCCGGCUGUCAUCUAGAAAUACAGGGGUGCUUACCAUUUGCCAGGAAAAACCAAAAAUUCCGGUAUGGUAUGGAUCAUUCCGAUAGGAAAGUUCCGGAAAACUCGGUCUUCCGAUAGGUUAUUUUUCGAAAGUCAAAGUUUCCCGCUCUUUUCGGUACUUCCGGUAGACGCGUGUACCAUUUUUUGAAAGUCAAAGUUUCCCGCUCUUUUCUUAUAAAAAUUAGCAAAAUAAUUUUCAACCGGAUCGAUUGGUUUUUAAAAUUGCUAAGACCCCAGAUCUCCGGGGAACUGCAUGCCGGGCUUGAUUGAUUACUCGAACGGUAUAUGUCAGCUUAGAAUUCUUUUUUUUAGUAUAGAACUCGUUGACUAUUACUGACAAUCAUUCGAUGCGAUUUCAAGAUACCGAUAAAUUUUUAGGUUUGACUAUUAGCGUUAAGUCCGUUAGUGUUAUUUCACWCAAAUGCAUGCAAAGAAAAGCACAAAUCAAAAUGAACGCGGGUUUCCCUCGCGUUCUGACGUUAUUUAUUCGCUCUUUUCUUCGAGAAACACGUGCACUGAGCUGAUCGUAUGCCGGCUCUCACCAAAUAUCAAGGCUAGAUAUUUAUCACCAUUCGCAUAAUUGGUGUAAAUACACCAACAUAUGUAUAUAURUUUAUUCUGUGUGGAAUCAUUUUAAGCUUUUGUGUGAAUAAACUGUAUAUUAAUUCGGGAAUGAGACCAAAAAAUUGUCCUUGUUAUUUACUUAUUCAUAAUAAAUUAAUAAAAUGGACAAAGAAAAAAA